AUGCCGUCCGUCCCCGCCAGCUCUACGCCGCGCCACCACUUCGUCACCAAUCCGCACGACGGGCAGACAUCCAUGUUGGCUUGUACGCGUCUACGGGGUGCAGCUUCCUCCAGAUUAUACACCCUUCAAUGCUCUUAUGCCGCUGCGCGGCCUGCGUUAGGACGGCUCCAGUUCACAUACUCAUCAUGCUUGUUUUCUACUGCUCACCGUCCCCCACGACCUCCGGCAUCAAGUAGAUACGCUCUGGCAGGUUCACCCGUAUAUGCGCGCACAAGAUCAUUCGUUUCCGCGCGCUCCGAGCCCGAACCUACCUGCUUUCCCGACCCAGAGCGGCCCGACCUCUUCUACCACCUCUUCGAGCCCCCGACGCCGGUAUCGUCCUCGGUCCCCGUGUUCGCACUGUCCUUCCUUGAGCAGCGGCCUGCAUCCGCUCAAUCACCUGCGGUCAUCGGCUGGUUGCCCGCCAGCUCGUCGGCAGACGCGGACAGCGCGGGGCUGAACGAUUUCGUGGAAAAUCCUUCCUUCCGCGAGAUUUUGCACGAGGCCAUCAGGGGCGGGCUGAUGGACGGAGUAGACGAGGUGCUCAUAAAUGGCGCGAUACAGACGCAGGAGGGGUGGAUGCACAUACAUGACAACCGAAACAUUCCGGCAUUGGGCCGGAUUGGGGACCCCGACGACAUACUGGGUUCCGUAAGAGUCGAAAACAGCCAGAUCCUGGCCGAGACAUACCAGCCAAUGCCUGCAUAUCGAAUGUGCACGUCGGACGGUGUACUGCAACUUAGCGAAGGCAUAGCAAAGCGAUUGAAAGAGAUGCUAGAAGCUCGAGCGUAA